AGAUUUUGUUGCUGCUGGGCUACCAGGAAAAGCCCGCUCCGGAUAUGGCGGAUGCGUGGCUGUCCUGCCUCUUCGCAUAUUUGUCAACAAGGUAUCGUCGUCUCAGAGAGGAAGGUCAUUCCCUCACACGUCCGAAAUCGGCAAAAAGAGCCCAGAUGCAAGCCAAGCAACCUGGACGCAAUUGAUUUUCAUGAUUCGUAUGCUACU